AUGAGUGGCCAGGCAUCCAGCUAUUACAACGCUAAUCAGAGCUUUGGCGAUCAGCCUCAGCCUCAGCCACCGCAGCAGCAACAACAAUAUGCCUACUACAACUACAAUCAAGCUCCUCAGCCAGCACCCAACCAACACAAUGGCGGCGAUUAUCGAGGACCUGAACCGAAACCUCCUCAAGGACCCCCUCAGGGACCUCCACCAACCUACAACCAAGCCGUAUAUGGGUUUGACGAAGCUUUCCAAGUCGAGCGACCCAAAUACAAUGACAUCUGGGCGGGACUUCUAUUCAUCGCCGUGUUCCUCGGCUACGUGGCCGUGUCCGGUGUGACCAUCCAUCGCUAUGCGAAAUACAAAGGCUUCAGCGGCGGCGGCAUCUAUGAUGCAACCAACGACUUCUCCCUUAACACCAACACCCUCGUGCUCUUCAUCUUCGUCCUCUGCGUGGCUCUCGCCUUCUCGUAUGCCUACUUCCUCGGUGCGCGGUACUUCUCCAAGCUCUUCAUCUGGGUCACGGGCAUCCUGAACAUCAUCUUCGCCCUCGCCACGGGCAUCUACUACAUCGUCCGCGGUCAAUACGGUGGCGGCAUCGUCUUCCUCAUCUUCGGCGUCUUCGCUAUCGUCUGCUUCAUCAGCUGGAUCCCCCGCAUCCCCUUCACGGCCUACAUGAUGGAAGUUUCCAUAGACGUCUCCCGCCAAUACGGCCACAUGUUCCUGGUCAGCACCAUCGGCGGCCUAGUGGCCGUCGCCUUCGCCGCUUGGUUCUCUGUUACGCUCGUGUCUAUCUACGUCGCCUACGAGCCCGAUAGCACCGGCGUCAACCCAGCCUGCCCCAACGGCUCCGGCGGCUGCAGCACCGCCCGCGUCAUUGGUCUAGUCGUCUACGUCACCUUCGCCAUGUACUGGUUCAGCGAAUGGCUUAAGAACACCGUGCACACCACCAUCGCAGGCGUUUAUGGCUCCUGGUACUUCUUCGCCAACUCACCCCAGGGCAUGCCGCACGGUGCAACGCGCGGCGCCUUCCGGCGCGCCACCACCUACUCCUUCGGCAGCAUCAGUUUCGGCUCGCUCAUCCUCGCCGUGAUCCAAAUGCUCCGGCAGGCGUGCUCCAUCGCCCAGCAGCAGGAAGCCGCUCAAGGUAGUAUUAUCGGUAGCAUUGGGUUCUGGGUCCUGGGCUGUUUCAUCUCCUUGCUUGAUUGGCUCGUUACGUUCUUUAACCGCUACGCUUUCUGCCAUAUCGCCCUGUACGGGAAAGCAUAUAUCCCCUCUGCCAAGGAUACGUGGAAAAUGAUGAAGGAUCGUGGCGUGGAUGCCCUGGUUAAUGAUUGUCUGGUGGGGCCGGUGAUAACGAUGGGCUCGGUGUUCGUGUCGUAUGUGUGUGCGCUACUGGCAUAUCUGUACCUCCAGUUCACGAACCCGGGGUAUAACCAGGGUGGGGACUUCACGGCGGUCAUUAUGGCCUUUGCGUUUGUAAUUGGAUUGCAGAUCUGUCAGAUCUUUAUGACGCCGGUGAGUAGUGGCAUUGAAACGAUCUUUGCUGCUAUGGCGUGGGAUCCGCAGGUCUUGGUACAUGAUCAUUCCGAGAUGUAUUAUCGCUUGGUGCAGUUGUAUCCGAAGGUGCAGCAGGCGAUUCAUGCUUGAACAGCAGUGAGGAUUUCGUGUUCUUGACAGUAUCAACUUCCAUUCAGAUAUAAAGAGAG